AUGGUUGUGGCAGAUUUGAUUGAGAGUAUCGCACAAAGAUUUCUCUGGGUGCAUAUUCAGACGCAGUUCGUUUCUAUCUGGGUUCCCCGUGGACUUGUUUGGGAUGGACUGAUAUUCCCUGCUGCCACUUCGGCCCAGGAUCUGGUUGAGGCCGUCGGCGGUGCCGCUUCGAAUAGCGCUCGCAAAGCAUUCAGCUCCUCAUGGGCUUGA